AUGUCCAAAGUUGUGGGCAUAAGCAUUAAUGAAGAUGAAGCAGAUGUUAUAAGAAUCCGCACCAGGAGGCCGUCUUUUGGAUUGUUUUCCAAGGCUUUUAUGAAAUCGCACAGCAAGCACUUGGUGGGAACAAGGUCAUCCAGAUUUUUCUUAGACCUUGCAUACUACGGCAGCAAUUUGUAUCAGAAAAAUCUAUAUUCAUUAGCCGGAGUACGAAAAUCCGGUGGAAGCUUGGCCAUCGUUUUCCUUAUAGACCGUUUUGUGAGGUUCAAAGUCCAGUUAUUUGGGUUUUUACUUAUGUCUCUAUUAUUAAUCGCCACCGCUGUUCCGAUUGAGACAUCCUGGAGGCGACCAUCAAAUAAAUCUGCAUUUCUAGCCAUAUAUUCAUUGGGAUGUUUCUUCUCGACGUUUGGACCCACAAGUGCGACCUUCAUCGUGCCGGUGGAGUUAUUCCCUGCUUGCCUGCGGUCGACAUGCCAUUGGCCUAGCUGCUGCAUCUGGAAAAGUAGGCGGCCUGAUUGGAAUGUUUGGGUUCGUGUUUGCAGGCAGUAA